CAGUCUUAUAACAAACGAGCUUCGGAAAGGUUGGAUUCGCGCGUGAAUUGAACAACCAAAUAAGUAAUGUGCAAGUAACGAAUAUCGUUUGAAUCGGUAAUUUUACGGUAAAAUUUACGAACUGUUUUAUAUUUCUGCGAAUUUAAUUUUUUCACGUUUUCUACAAUAAUAAAAAUCAAAUAAAAACUUGCAUUUUAAUAUACAACAUCAACAUAAAAGCAGUUUCUUUUGAUUAUUUGCAUUUGCAGCUUUUACAAUCGAGUGAACUUUUCCUCAACACACAGUGGGCACAACAAAAUGAGCAGAACCAAAAAUCAAAUAAAGCGAAGUACAAUCAGGAGAAUGAAUGAAUGCAGUUCCAGUAUGUCCCUGAUCGGGAUUGGAUGUCUGCUGGCAUUGCUGCAAUUGAUAACACCUAUUGAAGGACAUGUGCAUUCAGUGCAGACAUACAAGACUGCAUCGACGCUGCUCGGACAGCUCGUCACGUCGAGCACUUUGGUUUGGGAGACGUACGAUCCAAGGGAUACCAAUCAGAUGCAAUAUGCCGUCGAGGGGGGCAAGUACAUAUCGGAGGAUGAGCAUUAUCCGAUCUACGUCUGUCGUGUGACAAUCGACGGAAUGCCAACGUCUGGACACACCGAGAAGGUGCAACAGAAGCAUGUGUGUGUGGCAGCUUUAUCCAAGCGCAACAACAAUGAGCACUUCGAUGUGCUGAUGAACAAGGGACAUCUGGGCAAGAUCGCUUGGAAGCCCUGGCGUAAGUUCAAUGUGGGUAUUCCUGUGGGAGCCAUACGCAUCGGAGAUGAAUCCUAUAUUGGACGCCAUCGGGCGGUGCAUGAGCUUAACGCCGAGGGAGCCGAAGUGCACAGGGGAGCGGACUUUAACCUAGGACGUCUGGAGGCUGAGGGUCUGGGCAAGAUCAAGGUGGUGGAGGAUCAGCGGGAGAAGUACUACGAUGAGGGUGAAUUGCUGGUCGAGACGGAACCCUAUCGUUAUGAGCUGCGGGACAUUAAGCUGGAUCGCAGUCACACUACCAUGCGCGAGAACUCCACAGAGCUGGCUACCGGCAGACUGGAGAACACCGGUGAAACACACGAUACCAUGGAGAUGGUGAUGAGCUACAGCUUCGACUAUCUGCAGUAUUGGGGUUCCCACGAGGGCGUCGCCAAGGGCUUGCCCACCAAGAUCUUUGAGAAGAACGUUGCCGUUCCCGCUGAGAUCAACUGGGCACUGAAGCACGGCGAGAAGAGACGCGAGAACAAGGCAGUCUACUCGAAGCUCUGGCCCGGCACAGCCAUCAAUGUGACGCUGCGCGGCAACUAUGUCACCCUGGAUGCACCUUACGUUGCCAAACUCUUUGCUUUCUACCACGACAGCGAAAGCGUCUCGAGAAAGAUUAGUGCCGAGGUGCGUAAGAGCUAUUUGAAGGACGUGAAGAUGGAGUUCAGCCCCGUCUAUUGGAUUGAGAACGGCACCGUGGUGCCCACAACCACAACCACAUCGACAACGUCAACAACGACGCAUGCAACAACCACCAGCACCAACGAACCGACGCCCAUUCAUGAGCCACCACUGGUGCGUGUGGAGCAUGUGGGUGUGAAGCAUUCUGGACCGGACUCGCUGGAGAAAACGUUGAAUGAUUCGACUGCGAACAAUGAGGUGAACUCACACGAGGCGCCCGAGAACAUGUCCUCAAAGGAUGCGGCGCUCGCUGGCUUCGGAGUCGGCGGCAACAAUGGAGCCACAAUAACAACAACAACAACCACGGGAGUCACAGGAGCUGCAGUUCUAAUGACAACGCUAAUCUUAACGCUAUUGAAUCUGUAGAUGGGAAUGGCCGAGCCUGAGGAGGGCUGAGGCAGAAGGGUCUCCCAAUUAGCAUAGCGUUUAAUUGUUGUUGUUGUACCUGUUGUACCCGUCUUUGAGAGCGUGUCGUGAGAGCAUACAAGCACACACACACAUACACACACACACAUGAACAGUAACAGAAAGA